AUGGUCGUUAAGCUAUUGAGCUCAUCAUUGCGAUUUGAGUUCAUCAACUACAUGAGCCCAUCUUACAAGGGUCUGUUGCGUCUGGCUGCCUUUCAGGGCAAGCGAUACAAAGGCACCUAUGACCGGUCGAUCGAGAUCCAGUCGUGCUCAGUGCUCACGUCGCCCUACUCACUGGUGCAACUCAAAUAUCUGGUGCAUGCAGAGUUUGGUCCUUUGUUCCCAUGGGGCAAGCAACAUGAACAAGCAUACAAACAGAUCACUACUGGCGCAUUGCAGAGCCUUCAGAGCUUCUGUCUAUUUGGCGAGAUCACAACGUUGCCACCAUUCAUCCGAAAGCACUCAUUGAAGGCAGCCAAAGGCAUAGCAUUCAGCGCGCAGCCAUCAAUCUCCAAUGAACUGAGCGACAAGUACCUCAAUGAGUCUCUGUCCUACCUUGAGAAGAAGCCGGUGGUGAUCGACUGUCUCCAUGUAGACUUUUGCGAGGGCAUGGACGUGGCACGCAACACCGAGUUCCUGAAGCGCAUCAACACGGACUGGAUCGACAUGCACUGGUUCGACUUUGUGGACAAGGUUCCCUCAUCGACAUGGCUCUCGUUGUUCCAGCUCAAGAACUUGCGCGAGGUCCGCAUCACUGGACUCAACAUCAGGAACGCUCAGCUGCUCUUGCAGCAGCCCAAUAUUGAGCAGCUCAAGUUAUCCCUGAACCUCCUCGCUGAGGGCCUCACUGAUAAGGACUUCAAAGACUUUUUUGGCGCACUAAAGUCCAACACAACAAUGCGCAAGCUGGAUCUGCUGGACUACUAUCCAUCCAAGCGCAGCCCUCCCAGUCGGUUCGAACCGAUCAGCGCCAUCUGCGACGCCACCAGCGACCUGCUCCAGCGCAACACUAGUCUGCGUCAUCUGAACUUUUCGCGCUUCACACACGUCGAUGAGCGAUUCUUCGCAUCACUGGCAGCCAACAAGACCCUGACAUCACUCGAGUGCGCCAUCGUUGCGAACAAUAGCGCGGACGCGCUCUGCAAGUCAUUGCUGACCAACAGGACUCUGAGCAGUCUGUACAUUGAGGACUUGUUCUUCAAGGGCGACUUGACAAAGUUGGAGAAGAGCAUCGCCGCGUUGUUGAGCGAUCCCGCUCACAACCUACUACAUCUAAACACUCGAAUGCAGUUUGAUGGCAGCCACCUUGUCAAGGCGCUAACAUCGCCAACCAAUCACCUGCUCAACAUCACACUUCGACGUGCUGUUGCCGAGGAAUUCAAGGGCAAGGAUCAUUCACCAACAAUGAUUCAUACACAAGUUGAAGACUAA